CAGCAGGACUUCCGCUUCCCGUCACGUGACUGAAGCCCCGCCAGUCCUCUUCCUCAGAGUCGUCCAGUCAGAGCGGGCUUCGCGAGGAAGAAGGCCCCACCAGUUCUCCCAGUCCUCUCACUCUGAAUGUCAUCUGAGAGAAGAGGUGGAUGUAUCUUCAUCCAGACUGAAGGCAGCCUAGAAGCGCAGAACCAAGAUGGAAGGGCAAGAGCCAGCUGCCUCCCAGUUAGAAGUAUGUUUUUCUACUAUUGAGGAAGAGAACAAUAAAGCAUUCUGGGAGGACUCUUGGAAGAAAGACCGGGAGAGCAGUCCGCUCCAUCCAGUCCUUCAGGGCCAGCACGUCCAGCAUUUCCGCUAUGAGGAGGCCUUGGGGCCCCGGGAGGUUUGCAGCCGCCUCCACUCUCUCUGCCGCCUGUGGCUGAAGCCAGAGCGACACUCCAAGGCGGAGAUGCUGGACCUGGUGCUCCUGGAGCAGUUCCUGGCCGUCCUUCCUGCGGAGAUGGAGCACUGGGUGAGGGAAUGUGGGGCAGAGACCAGUUCCCAGGCCAUGGCUUUGGCUGAAGGAUUCCUCCUGAGUCGGGCAGAGGAGAGGAAGCAGGAGAAGCCCCAGGUGCAGGACUCUUGUACAGAUGGGAUCAACCAGGUGGAGGAGUCUCCUUCAGACACCAUGUGCGUUGCCCAGAUUGGAGAAGGCAAAUCUAUCACAGUUGGCAGUGAAACAUCGCCAAGUGAUAGUAGCACAACUAUUCACGAUUCUUUCCUAAGAAGAGAUUCUGCGGAACCAGAUCAGGUGACUUUUGAAGAUGUGUCUGUGGAUUUCUCAGAGGAGGAGUGGGCCCUCUUGGAUCCGAGCCAAAAAGCCUUGCACCAGCAAAUCAUGGAGGAGAAUCUGGGGAUUGUGUCAUCUCUGGGAGAAAGGCCAUUGAAAUGGUUGCAGUGUAAAAAGAGCUUCAAUCAAAAGAAACGCCUUAUUCAUCAGGCAACUCACAAAAGAGAAAGGCUGUGCAAAUGCUUGCAAUGUGGAAAGAGCUUCAGUCACAAGAAUGUCCUUAUUAUUCAUCAGGCAACUCACACAGGGGAGAAGCCAUUUAAAUGCUUGCAGUGUGGAAAGAGUUUCAGUCGCAAGCACGACCUUAUUAGUCAUCAAACAACUCACACAGUAGAGAAGCCAUUUGAAUGCCUGCAGUGUGAAAAGAGCUUCAGUCUAAAGGGAAGCCUUAUUCGUCAUCAGGCCACUCACACAGGAGAGAAACCAUUCAAAUGCUUGCAGUGUGAAAAGAGCUUCAGUCGGAAAUCAUACCUUAUUCGUCAUAAGGCAUCUCACACAGGAGAGAAACCAUUUAAAUGCUUGCAGUGUAAAAAGGGCUUCAGUCAAAAGCAGCACCUUAUUACUCAUCAGGCAACUCACACAGGAGAGAAGCCAUUUCAAUGCUUUCAGUGUGAAAAGAGCUUCAGUCUAAAGGGAAACCUUAUUAGUCAUCAGGAAAUUCACAAAGGAGUGAAGCCAUUUCAAUGCUUGCAGUGUAAAAAGUGCUUUAGGCGCAAGAACAUUCUUAUUAGUCAUCAGGCAACUCACACAGGAGAGAAGCCAUUUCAAUGCUUUAAGUGUGAAAAGAGCUUCAGUCUAAAGGGAAACCUUAUUCGUCAUCAGGCCACUCACACAGGAGAGAAGCCAUUUAAAUGCUUGCAGUGUGGAAAGAGCUUCAGUCGAAACUCACACCUUGUUUGCCAUCAGGCAACUCACACAGGAGACAAGCCCUUUCAAUGUUUGCAGUGUGAAAAUUGCUUCAGUCAAAAAAGCAGUCUUAUACGUCACCAGGCAACUCACACAGGAGUGAAACCAUUUCAGUGCUUGCAGUGUGAAAAGAGCUUCAGUCAAAAGAGCAACCUUAUUAUUCAUCAGAAAACUCACACGGGAGAGAAGGCAUUUAAAUGCUUGCAGUGUGGAAAGAGCUUCAGUCGAAACUCACACCUUGUUUGCCAUCAGGCAACUCACAAGGGAGAGAAGCGCAGAACCAAGAUGGAAGGGCAAGAGCCAGCUGCCUCCCAGUUAGAAGUAUGUUUUUCUACUAUUGAGGAAGAGAACAAUAAAGCAUUCUGGGAGGACUCUUGGAAGAAAGACCGGGAGAGCAGUCCGCUCCAUCCAGUCCUUCAGGGCCAGCACGUCCAGCAUUUCCGCUAUGAGGAGGCCUUGGGGCCCCGGGAGGUUUGCAGCCGCCUCCACUCUCUCUGCCGCCUGUGGCUGAAGCCAGAGCCACACUCCAAGGCGGAGAUGCUGGACCUGGUGCUCCUGGAGCAGUUCCUGGCCGUCCUUCCUGCGGAGAUGGAGCACUGGGUGAGGGAAUGUGGGGCAGAGACCAGUUCCCAGGCCAUGGCUUUGGCUGAAGGAUUCCUCCUGAGUCGGGCAGAGGAGAGGAAGCAGGAGAAGCCCCAGGUGCAGGACUCUUGUACAGAUGGGAUCAACCAGGUGGAGGAGUCUCCUUCAGACACCAUGUGCGUUGCCCAGAUUGGAGAAGGCAAAUCUAUCACAGUUGGCAGUGAAACAUCGCCAAGUGAUAGUAGCACAACUAUUCACGAUUCUUUCCUAAGAAGAGAUUCUGCGGAACCAGAUCAGGUGACUUUUGAAGAUGUGUCUGUGGAUUUCUCAGAGGAGGAGUGGGCCCUCUUGGAUCCGAGCCAAAAAGCCUUGCACCAGCAAAUCAUGGAGGAGAAUCUGGGGAUUGUGUCAUCUCUGGGAGAAAGGCCAUUGAAAUGGUUGCAGUGUAAAAAGAGCUUCAAUCAAAAGAAACGCCUUAUUCAUCAGGCAACUCACAAAAGAGAAAGGCUGUGCAAAUGCUUGCAAUGUGGAAAGAGCUUCAGUCACAAGAAUGUCCUUAUUAUUCAUCAGGCAACUCACACAGGGGAGAAGCCAUUUAAAUGCUUGCAGUGUGGAAAGAGUUUCAGUCGCAAGCACGACCUUAUUAGUCAUCAAACAACUCACACAGUAGAGAAGCCAUUUGAAUGCCUGCAGUGUGAAAAGAGCUUCAGUCUAAAGGGAAGCCUUAUUCGUCAUCAGGCCACUCACACAGGAGAGAAACCAUUCAAAUGCUUGCAGUGUGAAAAGAGCUUCAGUCGGAAAUCAUACCUUAUUCGUCAUAAGGCAUCUCACACAGGAGAGAAACCAUUUAAAUGCUUGCAGUGUAAAAAGGGCUUCAGUCAAAAGCAGCACCUUAUUACUCAUCAGGCAACUCACACAGGAGAGAAGCCAUUUCAAUGCUUUCAGUGUGAAAAGAGCUUCAGUCUAAAGGGAAACCUUAUUAGUCAUCAGGAAAUUCACAAAGGAGUGAAGCCAUUUCAAUGCUUGCAGUGUAAAAAGUGCUUUAGGCGCAAGAACAUUCUUAUUAGUCAUCAGGCAACUCACACAGGAGAGAAGCCAUUUCAAUGCUUUAAGUGUGAAAAGAGCUUCAGUCUAAAGGGAAACCUUAUUCGUCAUCAGGCCACUCACACAGGAGAGAAGCCAUUUAAAUGCUUGCAGUGUGGAAAGAGCUUCAGUCGAAACUCACACCUUGUUUGCCAUCAGGCAACUCACACAGGAGACAAGCCCUUUCAAUGUUUGCAGUGUGAAAAUUGCUUCAGUCAAAAAAGCAGUCUUAUACGUCACCAGGCAACUCACACAGGAGUGAAACCAUUUCAGUGCUUGCAGUGUGAAAAGAGCUUCAGUCAAAAGAGCAACCUUAUUAUUCAUCAGAAAACUCACACGGGAGAGAAGGCAUUUAAAUGCUUGCAGUGUGGAAAGAGCUUCAGUCGAAACUCACACCUUGUUUGCCAUCAGGCAACUCACAAGGGAGAGUAACCAUUUAAAUGCUUGCAAUGUGAAAAGGCCUUCAGUCACAAGCACACCCUUAUUGGUCAUCAAGCAACUCACACAGGAGUAAAGCCUGUUAAAGGAUAUCAGUGUGAAAAGAGCUUCAGUCACAAGCACGUCCUUAUUAGUCAUCAGGCAACUCACACAGGAGAGGAGCCAUUUAAAUGCUCAGUGUGAAAAGAGCUUCAGUCGGAAAUCACACCUUGUUUGUCAUUAAGCAACUCAAGGCAGAGGAAAACUAUCUGUUUUCCAUCUGUCGGGGGUGCUUUGAAUGCGAUUUCUUGCUUCUUGGCAGGGGUUUGGACUGGACAGCCCAUGAGGUCUCUUUCAACUCUACUAUUCUACUAGAGUGUGUAAAGAUCUGCAGUUGAAACACAAGCCUUCUUUUUUAAUUGUCAACCUAUACGGAAGAAAUGGGGUAAAGGGAAGAUCAUUUGUUUUACAUCAGAGUGGGCAUGAAUCUUUGUUAUAGAAACACUAAGUUAAAAAGCAAUGGCUUUUGGGGAAAAUAAUAAUCUGACCAAUAUCUCAUUAAGCAUAACUAAUAUUUUGAGAGCUAAAGGAAGGAUAUUUCAAGUUUUCUUUUAGCCAUUCAUGAACAUUGGUUACUGCAAAUAUUUCCUGUCAUGUAUAUUCAGGGUUACUUUUGGACUUUACCUGGACAUUGCAACACAAUACUUCCAUUCAGGUGGGGAAAUCACCUCUCCCUAUCCUUGGGGAAGAACCAGUUUCACCACCCUGCGCCUUUGAUGAACAGGACUUCUCGCAUCAGAAGGAAUCUGCAUGACUACAGCCAAACCCCAACCUCUGUCAUUUUGCAUAAUUGUAUUAAUAUAUUAUGUUUUGUUUCUCUGGGGCCUGGAAUCACCAGCCCAGCCCUAUUAAUGGGCCAUGUCAUGUACAUCUAAUAAGACAAUAGCAUUCCUGGGUAGGGCCAGAAAAUGCCCUCAAUCACUUUGUUAUUUUUCCUGUUCAGUAAAAGGAGCCCCAUUCAUCAAUGCUUAAUCAUCCAUUGUCCCAGCCCAUGCUGGCCAGUGAGCCAAGCCCCUCUCUGUGACUGGUCAGAAUUCAAGGCUUGGCUGCAGGCUAUGUAUAAAAAGGGCUCUGAAACUGUAUUCUGUAUGCUAUCUACUUUAUGAAUGUAUCACUAGCUAACAUCUUACCUGCAGAUAAUAACAUUUUCCUUGGCUGAAAAUCACCUUCUCUCCUUGCUUGCUGGCUAAUUUCAGUUGGGCCUAAUCUAUUUGCUCACCAAAGCAGGGACUCACUCAAAAUGGGCAGCUCAGGCGGAUCACUUGCCUGGGUUUCUGCCAACAGGCUUCUCCCUGGUCUCCCUGCCAGGGGUUGCCUCCUAAAAUGGGGCCAACAAGUAUCUUAGGCGAUCCCUCGUAGCUCGAGGACGAUUGUCUUCCAUCCUUGGUGUCUUGGGGGUGGGUUCUUAAGUGGCUGAAGAGACCUAUUCUUGACCCGCAUAUUCUCCCGCAGUGAGAACAUCGGUUUCCAGGUGGAAGGCGGUCCCGGUCGGGGUUAGCUUGACGCUCCUUCCUCUUGGCAUGUUUCUCCCUUAAGCCCUCUGUUCAUGCCUCUUCGAACUCCGCAGCACUGCUGGUCACAGCUGACCUCCAAUUAGAGCGCUCAAGGGCCAGGGCUUCCCAGUUCUCAGUGUCUAUGCCACAGUUUUUAAGGUUGGCUUUGAGCCCAUCUUUAAAUCUCUUUUCCUGCCCACCAACAUUCCGUUUCCUGUUCUUGAGUUCGGAGUAGAGUAGCUGCUUUGGGAGACGGUGAUCGGGCAUUCGGACAACGUGGCCAGUCCAGCGGAGUUGAUGGCGUAGGAGCAUCGCUUCAAUGCUGGUGGUCUUUGCUUCUUCCAGCACGCUGACAUUUGUCCGCCUGUCUUCCCAAGAGAUUUGCAGGAUUUUCCCGAGGCAACGCUGAUGGAAACGCUCCAGGAGUUUGUUGUGACAUCUGUAGACAGUCCACGUUUCGCAGGCGUAGAGCAGGGUUGGGAGUACAAUGGCUUUGUAAACAAGCACCUUGGUCUCUCUACGGAUGUCCCGGUCAUCAAACACUCUCUGCUACCUACGGAAAAAUGCUGCACUCGCAGAGCUCAGGCGGUGUUGUAUUUCAGUGUCAAUGUUGACUUUUGUGGAGAGGUGGCUGCCAAGGUAGCGGAAAUGGUCAACAUUAUCUAAUGUGACACCGUUAAGCUGUAAUCCUGGCAUUGCAGAGGGAUUAGCUGGUGCCUGUUGGAAGAGCACUUUGGUUUUCUCGAUGUUCAGUGAGAGGCCGAGCUUCUCGUAUGCUUCUGCAAAGGUGUUUAGAGUGGCUUGUAGGUCUCCUUUUGAAUUCGCACAGACUACGUUGUCAUCGGCAUAUUGGAGUUCUAUAACAGAUGUUGUGGUGACCUUGGUUUUGGCUUUCAGUCUGCUGAGGUUAAAUAGCUUGCCAUCUGUCCGAUAGAUGAUUUCCACACCGGUGGGAAGCUUCCCAUCAACAAGGUGAAGUAUCAUAGCGAUGAAGAUGGAGAAUAAGGUAGGGGCAAUAACACAUCCCUGCUUGACACCUGAUUCCACCUUAAAUGGGUCACUUUGGGAGCCGUUGCUGUCCAAGACUGUUGCCAUCAUGUCAUCAUGGAGGAGCCGCAGGAUGUUCACAAAUUUGUCAGGGCACCCGAAUUUUUGGAGGAUGGUCCAGAGAGCGCUGCGAUUCACUGUGUCGAAUGCCUUUGCAAGGUCAAUGAAUGCCAUGUACAAAGGUUUGUUUUGUUCCCUGCAUUUUUCUUGGAGCUGUCGAGCAGUGAAGAUCAUGUCCACUGUUCCUCUGGAGGGGCGGAAGCCAUUCUGGGAUUCUGGGAGGGUGUCUUCUGAGACAGGGAGAAGGCGGUUUGCAAGGAUUCUUGCAAGGAUUUUCCCGGCGGAGGUUAGAAGGGAGAUACCACGAUAGUUCCUGCAGUCUGUUCUGUCCCCUUUCUUGAAAAGGGUGAUGAUGGUGGCAUCCUUGAAGUCUGCUGGGAUUUUCUCAGUCAUCCACACUUUUUCAAUGAGCUGGUGGAGUUGUUGUAUCAGCUCGGGUCCACCCUCUUUGAAGAUUUCAGCAGGAAUCCCAUCAGGUCCGCUGGCUUUGUUGUUUUUUUGUUGGCUGAUGGCAUUGCUGACUUCUUCCAAACUAGGCAGUGCUGCAAGCUCAUCCCUGGUUUGUUUUUGCGGGAUUCAUGAGAGGGUCUCUUCGGCCACAUUGGAGCUGCGAUUCAGCAGGUUCUGGUAGUGCUCUUUCCAACGUAGUGCAAUUGAUGUUUUGUCCUUCAGAAUUUUGGUUCCAUCUGAUGAGCGUAGGGGCUGUAUGCCAUGGUUUCUUGGUCCAUAAAUGAUAUUUGUGGCUUUGAAAAAUCUCUGAGCGUCAUGGGUAUCUGCAAGGUGUUGGAUUUCUUCAGCCUUCUUUGUCCACCAGAUGUUCUUGAGUUCUCUGGUCCUUCUUUGGACCUCAGCUUUUGCACUGGCAUAGAUCUUUUUCUUGGCAGCACAGUUGGUGUCUCUCUGCCAUGUUUGGAAGGCUUUCCUUUUGUUAUCAAUUAGCUGUUGGAUCUCUGUCGUUAUCAUCAAACCAGUCUUGAUGUUUCUUAGUUUGGUAUCCAAUGGUUUCUUCGCAGGCUGUGAUGAUGGAGGUCUUCAGUUUGUUCCAAUGUUCCUCAACAUUUUCGGGGUGUUCUGUGGGUAGAUGAUCUUUGAGUGUUGUUUGGAGAAGGGCUCGUUUGGAGGGCUCCUGAAGGGCUUGGGUGUUCAUUUUGCGCCUUGUUUUUCUUCCUUGGAGUCUACGUUUGGGGACGAUCUUGAUAGCCAUCGUGGAUCGGAUUAACCUGUGGUCUGUCCAGCAGUCAUCAGCACCUGUCAUGGCUCUUGUGAGAAGCACAUCGCGGCGGUCUCUGGCACGUGUGAUAACAUAGUCCAAGAGGUUCCAAUGCUUUGACCGGGGGUGCUUCCAUGAUGUCCUGAGCUUGUUUUUCUGGCGGAAGAGCGUGUUGGUGAUGACAAGGUUGUGCUCUCCGCAUUUGGUGAGAAGCAAGAUGCCAUUCGAGUUGCUGUUUCCGACCCCGUCUUUUCCUAUUAUCCCUGGCCACAGGUCAGAGUCCCUUCCGACUCUUGCAUUAAAGUCCCCCAGGAGGAUGAUUUUGUCCUCCUUAGGUAUCUCCGAUAGGAUGGUGUCCAGCUGACAGUAAAAAUUUUCUUGAUGUCUUCAUCAGCAUCUAGAGUUGGUGCAUAGGCGCAUAUGAUGGUUGCCUGUUGGUUUUUGGCAAGGUUAAUUCGGAGGGUUGAGAGUCGUUCGUUGAUGCCAGUGGGUGCUUCAGUCAGGUGCUUCACCAGGUCGUUUCUUCGCUCUUCUUCAGGCAGUCCCUUCCAGAAGAAGGUGUAGCCUCCCUUUUCUUCCUUCAGCUGUCCCUCUCCUGCUCUCCGGAUCUCCUGAAGGGCUGCUAUGUCGAUCUUAAAGCGUCCCAGCUCCCUUGCAAUGAUAGCAGUCCUGCGUUUGGGCGUUCGCUGUCAGUGUUAUCUAACAAUGUCCGUACGUUCCAUGUUCCAAAGUUCAUUUUUCUUUUUUGGCCGCAGAGUGGUGACCCCUCUGGACGCGGCAGUCCAGUCAGGGUAGGAGAGGCAGACUAUGUUUAGGGCACCUUUUCUAGCCCCUUCCCCGUGUGGGGUGAGCAGAGCGGAUCCUAAAAAGGGCUGCUCAGUCAUGGAUACAGCUGCCGGACUACUCAACUGCCUCGGUCCUUGAGGUAGAACGACUGAGUCCAUAUCCACUGCCCAUGUGCCAGUCUGUGACUAGGGGCUUCCAGAUUUCACAGUCCUGCCCCCGUCGCCACUCGCUGAUCGCCAUGGGGCUUUUGUAGGUUUGUUUUUAUUUUUGUUGGAAGACGCCUGUGUGUGAUUUUUUUUAAUGUGUGGAGGUCGGUGCACAGCCGGUCAACACACAGUCUUCACAGAGUGAGGUUCUGUGAUGACUCAUGGGCCUUGUAGUCCUGUUCCUAGUACUAUUGUGGCAGACGAAGAGGAAAACAUGGGAUUUUUGCCGGUUCAGCAAGAGCCGGAGCCUCUUCACCUGCAGGAUGUUGACGUUUGCCCUCAAGAAUUCAGUCAAACAGGCCUUGGGCAGAGCUCCCCCCCCCCCCCCCGUUUUCCAGGAGGGAAAAUUAUACUAAAGAUAGGGGAGUCAGGGAGGCUAAUCGCAGAAGCCUGAGAAUCGCUGCCAAACAAAUGGCUGAUUAGGUCUGCUUUCCUUGGGAAAUUCUAAGGAGUCAUGCAUCUGGACAGAGUUGGGUUUUGCUUCUCGUUCUCUAGGGAAAGAGUUCUGUUGGCGGGAAAACGAGACCCAAUAUAGGUGUUUGGCGCAACGAAUACUUUGCGGAGUCAAUUGAUCAGCUUGAGGAGAGAGAUCGUGUGUGGACUUCGUAAUCCCAGUUCCUUGCUUCCCGGAUCAAGCUUCAAGCCUUUGCCUUGUCUCACGGUUUUGCCACGGACUUUGUUUCAUGCUUCAUGUUUGCCUCGUUUUAAGUCUCGGAUCAAGUCAAGAAUCAAGUUUAUUUCCAGCCUUGUUGUCAAGCUUCAUUGGACUUUAAAGACUCUGUUAUUUCCCCACACUAUUGCUUGGCAAAGUGUGUGUUUCGGUCAAGUGGAUUAAAACUUUGAACUCUAAUAUCUUAUAUUGGACAAUACAUUUCUGGACUAUAUUUGACCUCAUCUGAAAGGUCUGCUUCUGAACUUUAUUCUUCACUUGUUUUUAUUGAUUUUAUAUAUUUCUUUAAUAAAGAUAUUAGAUAGAGA